GCUGUGAUUUGGAAUGACUCUGUAGUCAUCGCAGCAAAUCGUAAAAGUUAUUUCGCUUGCAAAAAAGUAUUUUUAAUAAAUGUUAACCUCAAAAGAGUAUUAGAAAAGCAUCUUUAAAAGAACAAUUCAUUCACGAAUUUAACUUUAAAAAUAGUGUGAUUGGGUAUUCAAACUUAUUGAAGUAAUUUAUGCAAUACAUUUUCGCGAGUUAUGGUAGGCUACACAUUACUAAACAUUGACUGAAAUCCAGACAGUUUUCCAUCAAGAUGGCAUCAGCAGAGAUUGCUGUCGGUGUUGUGUUGCCGGCAAGUGGUACGGGGGACAGGUUUAGCUGUCAGACUCCGAAGCAGUUUGCUUGCCUGCUGGACAAACCCAUAUUUUUUCACACAGUGAUGGCAUUUUACAGGUUUGACUGGAUACAAAACAUUGUCAUAAUAGUGAGUACAGAAUACAUUGACAGAGUGACAGCCAUGGUUGACUGCUUCAAAGACAAGGUGAAAGUUGUGCUCGGUAGCAACACCCGACAUAGAUCUAUCCGGGAGGGCAUUCAAGCAUUAUUGCAUGUCCAGCCUGUACCAGAUGUCGUGGUCAUUCACGAUGUAGUGAGACCAUUUGUUGAUGAAGAAGUUGUCAAGACCAUCGUUAAAAAUGCAUUUGUUUAUGGGGCAGCAGGUGUGACACGCCCUCUGGUUUCCACAGUAAUACAAGGUGACGAAAACGACAUGUUGACGGCAUCCCUUGACAGGAACCUGUACCGUGCCAGUGAGAUGCCACAAGCAUUCAAGUAUGGGGUUAUCAAGGAGGCCUAUGAAAAAGCUGAUGAGAAUGACCUCAACUUUGGUACAGAGUGUCUAUUCCUGGCCCUCAAACACUGCCAAACCCCGGCAAAAUUGAUUCCUGGACCGGACAGUCUAUGGAAGAUUACAUACAAAAAAGAUCUCUACGCAGCUGAAGGCAUUAUGAAAGAGACAGGUAUUUGCGUGUGCAUUCAGUCAGUAACAGGCAGUGCCAGUGAAACUGUCCUGCAGUGUUUGGAACAUCAUAUCUCAGAAAAAGGCCUCUCCUGCAAACGGGUCAGUGAGGUGUCAUCGGAUUUCAACACCUACGUGUUUGUGCACACAGAAAAAUCUGACAUUACGACAAUGCUUGAAACCAUGUCACAAGAGGUCUGCGACUGCCACAGAAGAAACAAAUAUGAAAUAGUCAAGCCAUGUGUGAUUCACGUGUAUGCUGGAAAUCUUUGGGAUACCGAAACGGAGAGAGAAUUUCGUGAAACCAUCGCAAAAUUGUCUAAAGACCAGUGUAGCGUGCUUUGGUAUGGAGUAGUUUGCCAGAACACCUGUGGCAGGCUUGGCAAAAUGUUGGCGAGUCUCUGUUGGACAAGAGAAGACAGUUUCUCAGGACAGACAUUUGUACUUCAUUCAUGACGUCUACUUACAGUUGACCAAUGUGUCAUGGACAACAGAAGAAAAACUAUAUCAAUAGUACCUUACCUGCUUUUGAAGAUCACGUGUGAAAUCGAAAGUAAAGAACAAGGGUAUUGUCUUCUUAUGGAUCUUGCAUCAAAUUGAGCCUCUAUCUGGAAAAUCUGGGAUUAAUGCAUGUUUGUGAAGUGUCGUCCCAGAUAGGCCUGUGCAUGCAGUCAGCACAGUUUGAUCAGUGACAACUAUGACUAUUUUUAUGCCCUAAGAAGAGGGGAUAUAUUGUUUUGCACAUGUCGUUUGGUCUGUCGAUCCACCAGAUGGUUUCCAGAUGAUAACUCAAGAACGCUUAGGCCUAGGAUCAUGAAACUUUAUAGGUACAUUGAUCAUGACUGGCAGAUGACCCCUAAUGAUUUUCAGGUCACUAGGUCAAAGGUCAAGGUCACAGUGACUGGCAAUAGUAAAAUGGUUUCCGGAUGAUAACUCAAGAAUGCUUAGGCUUAGGAUCAUGAAACUUCAUAGGUACAUUGAUCAUGACCGGCAGAUGACCCUUACUGAUUUUCAGGUCACUAGUUUUUUAAGUUUUCACAAUACAGAGGUAUCCUCUUCCAGUUAAUCCUAAAAAAAGUAAUUUGAAAGAUACAACAAAAAUGGUUUCAAUUAUUGAACUAACAUACAGUUACCAAAGGUAUGUAUGCCUUGUAAGUAUUAAUCUAUGAAAAUUAUAAUACUUUGACUUCAAAUUUAUUUAAUGAUGUUUAUUGAGACAAGUCAAUGGAUGACAAUCUAUUCCAGCAACUAGAUGGAAAAAAGUUUCAGAGGCUAUCUGCAGCAAACCAGUAGGCGUUCAAUUUAAAUCAGUUUUUGUUCAGGCUCGUCGUUGGCAGUCUUUUCUGGGAUGAGAUGGAACUAAAUUCUGAGGCUGUCUUCAAUCAACCAGUAGGUGUCCAUUGACCACUGGGUCUUACUGCUUGUCUAAGGUGUAAGGUAGAGUAAAUAGAUAUGUAAGGUAGAGUAAAUAGAUAUGUAAGGUAGAGUAAAUAGAUAUGUAAAGAAGAGUAAAUAGAUAUGCAAGGUAGAGUAAGUAGAUAUGUAAGGUAGAGUAAAUAGAUAUGUAAGGUAGAGUAAAUUGAUAUGUAAGGUAGAGUAAGUAGAUAUGUAAGGUAGAGUAAGUAGAUAUGUAAGGUAGAGUAAGUAGAUAUGUAAGGUAGAGUAAAUAGAUAUGUAAGGUAAAGUAAGUAGAUAUGUAAGGUAGAAUAAGUAGAUAUGUAAGGUAGAGUAAGUAGAUAUAUAAGGUAGAGUAAGUAGAUAUGUAAGGUAGAAUAAGUAGAUAUGUAAGGUAGAGUAAGUAGAUAUGUAAGGUAGAGUAAGUAGAUAUGUAAGGUAGAGUAAGUAGAUAUGUAAGGUAGAGUAAGUAGAUAUGUAAGGUAGAGUAAAUAGAUAUGUAAGGUAGAGUAAGUAGAUAUGUAAGGUAGAGUAAAUAGAUAUGUAAGGUAGAGUUAGUAGAUAUAUAAGGUAGAGUAAAUAGAUAUGUAAGGUAGAGUAAGUAGAUAUGUAAGGUAGAGUAAGUAGAUAUGUAAGGUAGAGUAAGUAGAUAUGUAAGGUAGAGUAAGUAGAUAUGUAAGGUAGAGUAAGUAGAUAUGUAAGGUAGAGUAAGUAGAUAUGUAAGGUAGAGUAAGUAGAUAUACAAGGUAGAGUAAGUAGAUAUGUAAGGUAGAGUAAGUAGAUAUGUAAGGUAGAGUAAGUAGAUAUGUAAGGUAGAGUAAGUAGAUAUGUAAGGUAGAGUAAGUUGAUAUGUAAGGUAGAGUAAGUAGAUAUAUAAGGUAGAGUAAGUAGAUAUGUAAGGUAGAGUAAGUAGAUAUGUAAGGUAGAGUAAGUAGAUAUGUAAGGUAGAGUAAGUAGAUAUGUAAGGUAGAAUAAGUAGAUAUGUAAGGUAGAGUAAUUAGAUAUAUAAGGUAGAGUAAGUAGAUAUGUAAGGUAGAAUAAGUAGAUAUGUAAGGUAGAGUAAGUAGAUAUGUAAGGUAGAGUAAGUAGAUAUGUAAGGUAGAGUAAGUAGAUAUGUAAGGUAGAAUAAGUAGAUAUGUAAGGUAGAGUAAGUAGAUAUAUAAGGUAGAGUAAGUAGAUAUGUAAGGUAGAGUAAGUAGAUAUAUAAGGUAGAGUAAGUAGAUAUGUAAGGUAGAGUUAGUGUUUUUUCCAGGCCGUUUUAGCGUGGCGAAUCGCCAUGCCCCUUAUUUGUAGCGCCACGCUGCCCCUUUCAAAGCCAUUUAGCGCCACGCUGCCCUUUCCAAAGGCCGCCGCCCUGCCCUUUCAUGAGUACCCGCUGUUUUCUGUCCAUAUUGAUAACAUCUUUACCAAAGUGCUAAGCCGACUAGUAUCAGAUUAUGGCCUCCGAGGCAGCGCAUUUGUGAAUAAGUCAUGCGUGAAUAACCCCAUGUAAGUAUCAAUUGAUAUGUUAUACCACUAAUCGGUCGGUAAUGUGUAUUCCUCCACGAUAAAAUCGUGGACUGUUACUUCGGAGACUUUUGAUGAAAAGCUCGAUGUUAUCCUUGUGGCAUUUCAUACAUAAUUCAGUUAUAUCAAAACAUAUAUUUUUACCCAUAAUUACAUUUAAAAACACAAACAAAUUAAUUAUUUAUCGAUAUCGUCUUAAAGAUAAUUAAUUAUUGAAUUAAUUACUGAGACGUAUACUAAUUAAACAGAGUGAGAAUCGCGUAUUAGGCGGACAUAUUAGACGAUUUUAC